AUACCUGCGGUCAUGGGCAGGAUUUGACUAUAUUCUCCAGAAGUAUGGAGUUGAAAUCGUCCAAAGUGCAUGGAGGUGAGGCCAAAUACCCUUUUAUGUUCUACAGGCAGCCCCUCAUUGGUCAUAGUUGUCUGUUGCCAUGGCAUUCUUUAGAAAAAUAGGACAUAUUUUUUUGUAAUGAUGCGAAUAAUGGGUUGUGAGCCUAAGCUUGUGACGUCGUGGUAAAGGAGGCUGCCAAAGACUGAGAAAGUUGUAUUUUCUGUGCAAACAUUGUAAAAUUAGUGUAGUAGAAUAUUACAUUGGUUAUGUCAUCCUGGCCUGGGGAAGACAGUGUAGUGCACACAGGCUGAAAGUCACACAUUCAUUUGCAUAAACAGAUUCCCACCACCAUCCAAUUCUCAGUGACCCAUAUUUAGUGUCACACACACACAGAGAUGACAGACAGACUCUCACACACACACAGUCUAAAUCACACACAGAGACACAGCCACUGCAUGACUCAUACAUCAUUUCAUAGAGACAAAAUUUGUCAGAAAGCGAGGGGAGGGGAGGAGAGAGAGCAGCGCAAUUCUGUUGUGUAUAUGCAUGUGUAUGUGCGAAUCAACGAGCAAUUGAGAGAGAGAGAAACCAAUUUAGAAGCCUGUGGGUGGGGGCGAGAAGAGAGGUAGCAGCAGCAAACCAUUGUGUGUUAGAUCGAGAGAGAGGGAAGCGAGAGAUGGAGAUGGCUUAUUUUGUAAUAUGCUGUUCGUAGCAGCAGCACAGAGAGAGAGAGAGGUGAAAGAGGGAGACAUGCAACAGAAACAGGAUUCUCAAGGAGGCAAACCCUCAAGCAUCUUGGGAAAGGCGCAUCCAGCUCUCAAGGCCUUCAUGUGUGGCUCCUUAAGCGGCACCUGCUCCACGCUGCUCUUCCAGCCUCUGGACCUGGUCAAGACGCGCCUGCAGACCCUGCAGAACAACAUGAAGCCUGGAGCUCCUAAAGUGGGGAUGAUGACGGUGCUUAUCCAGGUCAUUCGGACAGAGAGCUUCCUGGGCCUGUGGAAGGGAGUGUCACCGUCGUUUGUGCGCUGUAUCCCAGGCGUAGGGAUCUACUUCUCUACCUUCUACUCACUGAAGCAGCACUACUUCCAGGAGGGCCGGGCCCCUAACGCUGGGGAGGCUGUGCUGCUGGGGGCCGGGGCCAGGGCCGUGGCUGGGGUUUGCAUGCUGCCUGUCACCGUCAUCAAGACACGCUUCGAGAGCGGACGGUACAACUACGUGAGCGUCCUGGGAGCUCUGAAGAGCGUGUGUGAGACGGAGGGGCCCAGGGCUCUGUUCUCCGGGCUGACGGCCACACUGCUCCGAGACGCCCCCUUCUCUGGUAUCUACGUCAUGUUCUACAGCCAGGCCAAGAGGUCCCUGCCACCGGAGGUGAGCUCGUCGCCCUAUGCCCCGUUGGGGAACUUUGGCUGUGGGGUGAUGGCUGGAGUCCUGGCCUCUGUGGUCACCCAGCCAGCUGACGUGGUGAAGACUCACAUCCAGGUCAGCCCCGCCCACUGGACCACUAAGGACGCCAUUCGCUACAUCUAUACGGAGCAUGGUCUGAGGGGUUUCUUCCGUGGGGCUGUGCCACGCUCUCUGAGGAGGACUCUGAUGGCAGCCAUGGCCUGGACCGUCUACGAACAGCUGAUGGCCCGCAUGGGACUCAAGUCCUGAGGAGAGGAGACAGGGAAGAACUGAUAAUGGAAGAAUGACGUGGGGAGUUGUUUUUAUACAAAGCAUCAGUUUGAAGGAGAAGAAAGAGAGGAGAAGGAGUGAAGGAGGAGGGAGAGAGGAGGUGUAGGGACUGUUUAUCACUGCAACUAGCUUGGGAAAGAAAAAGAGGUGGGUGUCGGUGGCAUGGAAGAGUGAAAGGUGUGUGUGUGUUUUACAUGUUGAUGUUUAUGAGAGUGAUUGUGAAUGUUUGAUGUAUGUCCUUACAUUGUCAACCCUGACCUUAAAUGACAUCCCCUUCUGCUGAGAACUGAACUGAUCCCUCUGAGUGUGGAGACCAUAGAGAACUAUCUAUUUCUAUGGGGGAGACCAUAGGGAUCUAUAUAAUUACAUUUCUAUGGGGGAGACCCUCUCAGACUGGGGAGACCAUAGAGAACUAUCUAUUUCUAUGGGGGAGACCAUAGGGAUCUAUUUAAUUACAUUUCUAUGGGGGAGACCGUCUCAGACUGGGGAGACCAUAGAGAAUGAUCUAUUUCUAUGGGGGAGACCCUCUGACUGGGGAGACCAUAAAGAAUGAUCUAUUUCUAUUGGGGAGACCCUCAGAAUGGGGAGACCAUAGAGAAUGAUCUAUUUCUAUGGGGGAGACCCUCUGACUGGGGAGACCAUAAAGAAUGCUCUAUUUCUAUUGGGGAGACCCUCAGAAUGGGGAGACUAUAGAGAAUGAUCUAGUUAUAUUUCUAUGGGGGAGACCCUCUCAGACUGGGGAGACCAUAGAGAAUGAUCUAGUUAUAUUUCUAUGGGGGAGACCCUCUCAGACUGGAGAGACCAUAGAGAAUUAUAUAAUUAUAUUUCUAUGGGGGAGACCCUCAGACUGGGGAGACCAUAGAGAAUUAUAUAAUUAUAUUUCUAUGGGGGAGACCCUCAGACUGGGGAGACCAUGGAGAAUUAUAUAAUUAUAUUUCUAUGGGGGAGACCCUCUCAGACUGGAGAGACCAUAGAGAAUUAUAUAAUUAUAUUUCUAUGGGGGAGACCCUCAGACUGGGGAGACCAUAGAGAAUGAUCUAAUUAUAUUUCUAUGGGGGAGACUCUCAGACUACGACCACUGUGGUUUAGCUCUGGAUACCACUCCAGUGACAGAGACUUUCGCCGACUGUCACCCACUUUCCUAUGACUAUGAAUGACUGUGACUAACAUCUAGGUGUCUCUAACACUCCCACUCCCAAGACGAAACAGCAGCUUUGAUUGAAUUACCUCAGCAAGAGGUUUUCUGCUGGCUAAAAGUGUAGUGGACUGGACAAAGCAACCCAGUGCCAUAACCAUGCAACAUAUUUACAAAUGACCGGCAGAAUACAUUAUAACAGCACAGUGAUUAUUGUGACCUGUCGACUGACUGAAGGAAAUACUAUAUUUAUUGACUGACUAAAAUAUUUCUUACUAGCUUGGACAAUCAAGACAAUAUUGCUGUGCAUUGUAGCAAAAGACUAGGCUGAUAUUUUCUGCACAAUUAGCUACUAGCAACUUGGCAUUGGCAUACUUAGCCAUAUUAAAAUAGUGUACAGCAGGUGUUCUCUGUACCCAAUUCAACUUUGAUCUCAUUUCUAGUGCAUUCCAUUCUGGUUGCAGUGUUGUAGACCAGAUGUGCUUUAUCUAACCAGUAAUGAUAGUCAAUCCCAGAGCCAUAGAUGGAUAAUUGGCUCUAGUCAAUGCCAUUGGAACCCAGACAAUGCAACUCUUUGGGGCUGUGGCAUUAUGAGACAAUAGUCAACAUCGCUAUCAUGAACAUGCAGCUUCAGCAUCACUGUAUUACAUGGGCUGGAUUGAGUAGUCACGAAAAGAAAGCAAACCCGGAGAGGCUAGCUGAUCUUGUCCUAUAUGAAAUGUAAAAUGUUUUGGUUUUUCAAUGCAAAACAUUUUGCUACGGUGUGCACUAAUGUACACUACCCAGCUAAAUAUAGGAAUCCAUAUCAGUGAUGCACAGCCAUGGUCCUGGAUGGUCUCUGUUAUUAGUUUUGUAAAUAAAUAGGCCUAUGUAUUCAGUAUUUUGAGUAGUUCAUUUUUGGAAUCCCAUACACGUGUAUAUUUUUUAACACACAGUGUCCAGUGUGCCAUGUCAUGGGUAUUAUUUUUGAACAUGUCAGUUUUAAAGAGAUGUGUUAUAUUGAAAAGUAUUGUUACAGAUUCAAAAUAUACACUAAGUGAGCGCUACUCAGUAUUAGGAGGGUGUUCUUAAUGUUUGGAAUACUCAGUCUAUAGAGCCUGAAGCUUCGAGGACCAGAGAUGGCUGAGAGAAACUGAUUUAAAUCCAAUACCAUCACUACAAUCACUGUUUGCCAACUGUUUUUGCUUUUUACACACACAAAUGAAAAGGACAUAACAUAGCUUCAAUAUACACUCAGUGGCCAGUUUAUUAGGUACAUCCAUCUAGUACCGGGUCGGACCCCCUUUGCUUCCAGAACUGACUGAAUUCUUUGGGGCGUGGAAACAUUGCUCAAUUGCUAUCAAGGGACCUAACGUGCGCCAGGAAAACUUUACCCACACCAUGACACCACCGCCACCAGCCUGGAUGGGGAAAUGGACUCAUGCUGUUUAUGCCAAAUCCUGACUCUGCCAUCAGCAUGAAGCAACAGGAACCUGGAUUCGUCGGACAAGGCAAUGUUUUUCCACUCCUCAGCAAUCCAGUGUUGGAGAUCACGUGUCCACUGGAACCGCUUGUUUAUAACUGAUAGGAGUGGACGCCGGUGUGGUUGUCUGUUGCAAUAGCCCAUCCUAGACUAGGCUAGAUGAUUUGUGCAUUUCGAAAUGCCGUUCCCCGACAUUAUUUGCCUGUUUGUGGCCCUCCCGUUAGCUUGCACGAUUCUUGCCAUUCUCCUUCGACCUCUCAUUAACAAGCUGUUUUCACCCACAGGACGGCCGCUUACUGGAUGUUUUUUGUUUGUCGCACCAUUCUCUGUAAACCCUAGACACUGUCGUGAGUGAAAAGACCAGGAGGCCGACAGUUUCCGAGAUACUGGAACCGGCGCGCCUGGCACCAGCGAUCAUACCACGCUCAAAGUCGCAUAGGUUACUCGUUUUUCUCAUUCUAACGUUCAAUCGACUGGUAACUAAAUGCCUCGAUGCCUGUCUGCCUGCUUUUUAUAGCAAGCCACGGCCACGUGACUCACUGUCUGUAGGAGCGAACCAUUUUCGUGAACGGGGUGUACCUAAUAAACUGGGCGCUGAGUAGUUUGAGUCAUUGAGAGGGGAACACUGAGUUAACCCUAGCUCAAUGCCAGUCAGUGAAUGCACUUUAGAAUUCAAUGCAUAUUCAUUUAUUCAUUCAAGCCCCUUAGCGGCUGGUAAAAGGACUGGGGUGAUUGACGUUUCUUGAGAAUUGGUAGCUCUUCAGCCCUUGUCUGUGUGUUUGUGUUGUCGUAACACAGUAACAACUCUUACCACCAAAUUGUUCUGUGCCGUAACAUUUUUGCCUUGGCGAUUAUCAUCGCUAUCACUAUUGUCUUUGAUAUUGUGACUUUACACUGUAUAUUGUCUGUUAUUAUUGUCAAUAUUUUGUCUGUGCAUGUGAGUUUGCUCAGACCGAUGCUGUGCCUGUUUUGUUUUUAAGUGAAUAAAAUUCCCCCCAUUUUUGUACAA